CCGGGAGGUAUGGGAGAAGCAAACAGAGGAAGGAGACGUCGCGAGCAGGGAGGGAGAGUUCGGACGAUGUCGGGGAAGGGAACGAGAGGGGGAGAGAGAUUGAGACGGUAAAGAAGGGAAGGUGGCAGGGAGAGCUCAAAGGUCGAGAUUGGGGAGGGAAAGUUGGCAUGAUGUCGGGGGAAGGAAGGAGAGGGGGAGAGAAGUCGAGACGCCAAGGAGGGGAAGGUGGCGGGAUCAGGGAGGCAGACAUAGGACGAUGUUGAGGUCGGGAUGGGAUGGGAGUCGGGAGGUCGGGAUGGGAGUCGGGUUGGGACGCGGUCGGGGAAGCAAGGGGAGAGAGGGAGAGGUCGGGACGGGGACGUCGGGAUGGGAGGUCGGGAUGGGAGACGCGAACAGAGGAGGGAGAGGUAGGGAUCAAGGAGGGAGAGCUGGGACGAUGUCGAGGUCGGGAUGGGAUGGAAGUCGGACGCGGUCGGGGGAGCAAAGGGAGAGAGGGACAGGUCGGGACAGGGAGGUCGGGAUGGUUAGUUUUUUUCUUUGUCGCACAAGGUCGCGGUCAGGAUGGGGGAUGGGAACCGAGAAGGGAAAGGUCGGGAUCGGGUCGGGAGGUCGUGGUUGGGGCAGCAAGGGGAAAGAGGGAGAGGUCGGGGGGAGAAGGAGAGGUCGGGACACAGUCGGGGGAGCAAAGGGAGAGAGGGAGAGGUCGGCACGAGGAGAUCGGGAUGGGAGGUCGGGACCGGGACGUCGAGAUGGCACGGGGAGGUCGGGAUGGGAGGUCGGGACCGGGAAGUCGGGAUGGGAGACGUGAACAGAGGCGGGAAAGGUUGGGAUCAGGGAGGAAGAGCUGGGACGAUACCAACGUCGGGAUGGGAUGGGAGUUGGAUGCGGUCGGGGGAGCAAAGGGAGAGAGGGACGGGUCCGGACGGGGAGGUCAGGAUGGGGGAUGGGAACGAAGAGAGGGAGAGGUCGCGUUCGCGAUGUUGAGAUCAGGGCGCAAGGUCGCGGUCAGGGCAGCAAGGGGAGAGAAGGAGAGGUCGGGGGGAGAGUUGGGACGACGUCCAGAUCGAGAUGGGAUGGGAGUCGGGAGGUCAAGAUCGGAAACGAGUUGGGACACGGUCGGGGGAGCAAGGGGAGAAAGGGAGAGGUCGGGACGAGGAGAUCGGGAUGGGAGAACGGGACCCGGACGUCGGGAUGGGAAACGCGAACAAAGGAGGGAGGGGUACAACGUCGAGGUCGGGAUAGCAUGGAAGCCGAGAGGUCGAAAUGGGAGACGGGUUGGGACACGAUCGGGGAAGCAAGGGGAGAGAGGUAGAAAUCGAGACGGGGAGGUGGGGAUGGGAGGUCGGGACCGGGAGGUCGGGAUGGGAGACACGGACAAAGGAGGGAGAGGUCGGGAUCAAGGAGGGAGAGUUGGAACGACGUCGAGAUCGGGAUGGGAUGGAAGUCGGAUGCGGUCGGGGGAGCAAAGGGAGGGAGGGACAGAUGCUGAGGUCGGGAUGGAUGAGAGUCGGGAGGUCGGGAUGGGAGACGGGUUGGAAAGUUGGGAUGAGAGUUGGGACGAUGUCGAGAUCGGGAGGUCGGGAUGGGAGACGGGUUGGAAAGUUGGGAUGAGAGUUGGGACGAUGUCGGGAUGGGAGACAGGUUGGGACACAGUCAGGGAAGCAAGGGGAGAGGGGGAGAGGUCGGCACGGAAAGGUCAGGAUGGGAGGUCGGGACCGGGGGUCGGGAUGAGAGACGCGAACAGAGCAGCAAGGAGGGAGAGUUGGGACGAUGUCGAGGUUGGGAUGGGAUGGGAGUCGGGAGGUCGGGAUGGGAGAUGGGUUGAGAUGGGAAAGGUCAGGAUGAGGUCGGGAGGUCGGACCGGGGAGGUCGAGAUGGGAGGUCGGGACCGGGAGGUCGGGAUGGGAGACGCGAACAGAGGAAGGAAACGUCGCGAUCAGGGAGGGAGAGUUCGGAGACAGAUGCCGACGUCGGGAUGGGAUGAGAGUCGGGAAGUCGGAAUGGGAGACGGGUUGGGACGUUGGGAUGAGAGUUGGGACGAUGUCCAGAUCAGGAUAGGAUGAGAGUCGGGAGGUCGGGAUGGGAGAUGGGUUGGGACGCGGUCGGGGAAGC